AUGUCUUUAAAACGAAACGACAGUGUUGAAUAUUUUUCUAACGAAGUUAAUCCCUCUGGAGAUUCUGAAUUCGAGGUUCCCGAACCUGGUGUAGAAAAUUUCAAUGAUCUUUCUAUCUCUGAUGCCGUAAUUUCAAGAGACCCAAGUCUAAUUCAAGCACAUUAUACCGAAACAAACAUAUCACAAGAUGGUAUCAGUGGUCAGGAUAACUCCAUGUACGACCUUAUAUAUAACCUUGUUAAGCUGAAACGACUGCUUGACAAGAAGAAUGAAUCUGUCGACGAGUUGAGGAAAAUGAAUGACAUGGUUGAGUAUCAAACACCCGAAAAUCCCUUCCAAAUCUCCACUGAAUUUCAACAAAGAUACGCUACUCUUAUUUUACUUCUUGACGAAUUAAACCAAAAGCUGAAGCCUCAUAUCCAAGUAGUUGUUCAUUACAUAUCUGAGCCUCAAUUUCCAGUUUAUAAUUAUGGUGAAGUCUAUAAUUCGCAAUAUCCUCCCUAUGAAGUGGUGUAUGUUUCUGAGCCAGGAAGUCAGUAUCCCUAUACUGAAUGCCAAGAUAGUAUCAACACAAGUCCUGAUAAUGCUGCAAUUAAGUUUGGGAUGCAUGAUAUGUCUGCUGUGACAAAUUGGAGAAGGCAAUGCGAAGAUGAGGCUUAUGAUAUUGUAAGCAAAUUAAAAGCAACUCACAGUCCCCAAGCAAUCGAGGAUUCCAAAUUUCAUUUGAUCGCCAAAUUAACAACCAUUCUUACCCUACUAUCUCAUCUGCAAGAAAACCGAAUCAACAGCUCUGAAUUAAGUUGUAUUGAAGAAACCUUUUCGGAUAUAAGACAGUUACUCCAUCCAUGCAAUAUCAAAUGCUUCGAACAGAGCAUUGAACAACUUGUAUCUCACAUUAUCUAUCAGAUUUCCCCCAGUAUUCCACCCUCAAUGUCUUCGAGCGUCGUGUACUCUAGCAACAGUAGUGUUACUAACCCGCACGCAUCCGAUGUGACCUAUCCUAAUUAG